GACAGAUUGCUGAUUGACGACAGGCGACAGCGUCGACAGCAAAUGAUGAUAAGUCCUCGUACGAAUUAGUAGACUUAGUUUUUUUGUAACAACAUUAUUAAAAAUGUAUGUUUUAUAUAAAUAAUGCAAAUUCCAAGUGAAAUCCCACUUCAUUUUUGAACUCUUUCCUAUAAUUAUUUAACAGUUGUCUUGGAGUAAGGUUAUAAACCGCUAUUGAGUACACGUAUGCAGUGAUACUUGUGUAAAGCGUGUUUAUUGUGAGAUUUUAGGCUUGAAAUGACGUGAGAUAAGUGCUUAACAAUAUAAAUAUAAUGUUGCCUCUCAUACAGAAGGACACCCGACAGUCCCGGGGUGCUAUUUCAGGCAUUCCCGAAAAGUUUCAAAACUGGCUGAGAUUGAUAUUUUCGGACAAAAAUUCCAAGAAUUUAUUUCUAUUUCUUCUACUGAACUUGUCUUUUGCGUUUGUGGAGUUAUUCUAUGGAGUUUGGUCAAAUAGUUUAGGUCUGAUUUCUGAUGCAUUCCAUAUGUUCUUUGACUGUACGGGCUUAGUGGCUGGAUUAGCAGCUUCAUUGGUGUCAAAAUGGAGAGCAAAUGAACGCUACUCUUAUGGCUAUGCAAGAGCCGAGGUGUUGGCAGGCUUUGUAAAUGGCCUCUUUCUCCUCUUUAUUUCAUUUUUUAUCCUAAAGGAAGCUGUGGAAAGAGCUAUUGAGCCACCUGAGGUAAAACAUGAAAGGUUGCUUGUCGUCUCUAUACUUGGAUUCCUAGUCAACCUCGUCGGAAUAUACGCAUUCCAUCAUGGCCACGGACACGGUCAUGGCGGCCAUGGUCACUCACAUGGUGGUCACGGUCAUUCGCACAACCACAAUCACGGACACUCGCACGAUGACAUCGAAGCUCCCACCGGAGCGGGAUCUGCCAUAAUGCGCGGAGUGUUCCUUCACGUUCUCGCCGAUACACUGGGUUCCGUCGGUGUUAUAAUAUCCGCCAUUUUAAUGCAGUUAUUUGGCUGGAUGAGAGCAGAUCCAAUUUGCUCAAUGGCUAUAGCGUUGCUUAUAGCAGCGAGUGUGUUCCCGCUAGUGAUGGACUCUGGUGCUGUUUUAUUACAACGGACUCCAGUGUCACUCGAACGGGCGCUCCCGAACUUAUAUACUAGGGUAGUGGGCUUGGCAGGAGUACAUGCGGUCCAAGAACCGCACUUCUGGACUCUUUGCAGUGACGUACAUGUUGGCGCGAUAAAGCUCGAGGUCGCAAGGGAGGUUGACCCACGUUAUGUCACAGAUCAAGCUGCGAGGAUCUUCCGAGAAGCCGGCGUGAAACAUCUAACAGUUCAAUUAGACUACUCCCCGCUUUGAUUGAGAGCGUAAUGUAUCACAAAUGUACAUAUUACCACUGAGUGGACAUUUAUUGUAUAUAAGGAAAAUAAUUUAAUUUGUGUCCUGUCAAGUCGCAUUUUAAAUUGCCAUCUUUAUUUAAAAGAUAACGAAGACAUACCAAAAUAUAUACAUGUAUAAUAUA